UAUGAUAAAACAGUUUAUUGAGACUGAUGAAUGAAAUGAAAGGGAGUUUAACGUCCUACUGUUCUGCUCCUAACUAGGCUAAUGAAGACGGGCAAACGCCAUACAGUGUGCUAUGAGGGAAAUUUUGCCCGGACAAGGAUCUAUUACGUGCAUGCCAAUGUGUACACGGGACCUCGGUUAGUUUGAUAAGACAGGUGUGGUCGCCACCGCCUGGACGAUCGAGUAAUAUAGAUAAGCGAAAGUUAUAUUCAUUUCCAGCGAAAGUGAAAGUGAAAGUAGACUAUUCUCUGUACCAGUAGAGAUCCUCGGUAACGUUCAUAGUAUUUAUAUUGAACAUUUAUACAAUUUAGUGUAAAAUAUUAUUCUGUGUCGGGAUGAUAUAGACUGAAAGUAGAGGAUAUAAACACCAUACAGCCAGCAGUGUGAGAACGAAAUGAAGUCAUGCUUUUUACAGCUAUCAACAAGGUGAUCAUUUAUGGGGAUAGACUUGAAUAUCCUGUCUGUGUUAAAUGUUUGUAUGGUGUGGAAGGGGGUGGAUCUUGUCAUUAGUUGUAAUGGACAAUAACUUGAUAAAUAUUCUGUCUUAGCUUAUUUUAAUAAAACAUAAUGGCUGAACAGACAGAUCGUGAAGUAUGCAGUAUUUGUUUAAAUGACUUUCAUGAACCUAAAAUUAUCGACUGUCAACAUUCUUUCUGCUACAACUGUCUAGAAGAUUACGUUCACAGAACAUCAACUAAUGGCCAGUUUCUUUGUCCAGUUUGUCGGCAGAAUAUUAUUGUUCCUUUAGGUGGUGUGAAUGAAUUUUCAUCUAAGCAGCAAAUGGAGAAUGCCUCAACUCUACAGAUUCAACAAUGUGAUGUGUGCUUAAAUAUUCAAGCAACAUGUCGAUGUCGCGACUGUCAACAACAUUUAUGUGAGUCAUGUAAAUCAACGCAUGAUAAGUUGGCUGUUUGUAAAGGACACGUCGUUGUCAAGAUAGAUGGAAUUUCCGAACAAGGAUUAAAGGAAAUUACCACUGAGAAACCAGUUUCUGAUUUGAAAGAAGAUAUAUCUGAGAAUUCAAGAGGCGCACCCGUACACCCCGCCGAUUUCUGUCCAAAUCACCCGAAAAAGAAAACAAAAACCUACUGUAAAGAUUGUUUGGUGGCGGUCUGCUUUAAAUGCUUUCUCAAGGACCACAACGGACAUACCUAUCUGGAUCUACAAGAAGAUGAUGUGCGAGAACAAAUCAGAGACGAACUAAAAACAUUAAAAGUAGAAAUAGAAGAACAUAUCAACAAACUUCAAAAUCAUUCUACAUCUUUACAAAGUAAAUUAUCUGAAGUGGAAGAAGCAGCCAAAUCGGCUUGUGAGAAUGUUGAUACGCAUGUCAGAAACAUUUGUGAUAAAGUUCACGAAAUGGGAGAAAACGUAAAAGAAGAAAUCCAGAAAACCUACAGCGAUGAAAAUGAAAAAUUCACAAAGCUGAUGACAGACAUUAAAACCCUGACUGAAGAUUUGGAAUCUGGUGUCAAACUUUCCACCAGUAUUUUAGAAGAUACCUCAAUUGUUCAAGUUUUGGAGAGAUUGCCAAACGUGCGCCAGGAAGCGGACCAAUGUCGUUCCAGAAAGUUUAAUAUCCCGGAUGUAAUGUAUCCAUUGUUUACAGAAACGGAGAUAAAUGAGACAGUUCUACGAGAACAACUUGGUAAAGUAGAUGUAGAUACAAGUAUACACCAUGAAACAAGAUUUAUUAAUACAUUUAAUAUUAAUCAGUUCAAAUCUGGUAAUGAUUUAUAUAGUUCUGUUACAACAUUUCAUGGUUUACCGUGGUGUGUCUCUGCAGAGAAAAUGUUGCCUUACGAAUCAAGAAAACCUGAAAUGUUGGGUGUUUAUCUAUGUUUAAAUAAAACAGGUCAAAUUUCAGAUAUUUUAUCAUGUCAAGUUGAUUUCUCACUGGAACUGAUCAACCAUACAGAUGAAAAUAAAUCGAUGACAAGACACGGUAAACGUAGUUUAAAAUACUUUCAAGAUAGCCCAGGGCGGGGAUGUAACAAUCUUAUUACCUGGGACAUAUUAACAAACCAAGGCAAUGGUUUUCUAGAUUCCGACAACAACUUCAACAUACAAGUUAUAUUGAAACUAAUGGAUGUUAAAAAGAGACAAACGUUGUUGAAAUAUAAAUAAUUAUAAAUCUACUGUUUAAACAUACAUUAUGCAAGAGCUAAAUCUGUCUAUUGCAGGUCUUUCUUUAGGCCUGAAAUGUUUUCUAAAUUAUUAAUUAGACAUUAAUUAACUUAUCCAGGCCAUAAUCAAUUCCAGAUGGCAUCGGAUUUCUCCGAUAUUAAACAGAUUAGAACAGUUCAGCGAUAUUUUGAUUUAAGCUAAAAAUGGAGGAGCAAGACGUAGCUUCAAACAACCAGUGGGGUGGUUGAAAUAAUUGCACACGUCAUGUCAAACCUUCAAAGGCUCGCAAUAGGGUCAUUUGAAUGAAUUUUUCUAUAUAUUCAUUUUACAUCAUCUAUUUUCGAACUAUUAUAGCACGAAUGUCCAGUUCUUUAUCUAUAUCUUACAUAAUGUAUCUUUAAUUAGCAGAAAUAUAAU